AUGGAGAUGCUGCGUUCUGUGCCCAAGGAUGGAGUGAAUAAGCGAGUGCCGGGCGCCCCCUCUAUCACCUCCUCCCCAAACUCCCUCCACCCGGGAUCCAGAAACCUCCGCCGCAGCCCGGAUUUCGCCCCUGCCCCGUCACCGCGGCGGAGCACGUCCGACACUUCGCACCCCGGGGACCGCUCCGGAAGAGCUGAAGCUGGACCCGCACCGAGACGGUGGCGAGCGCGCCCCGCGCCGCCGUCCGCAGCCGCUCCCGGGUCCUCGGUCGCCCCAGCCUCCCCGCCCGGCGGUUUUCGGUACCCCCCUCCCCCGCCGCAGCGGGAGCCCGGGGGUCACGGCCACGUGCAGCGCCCCCGCCCCCUCCCCCGCCCGAGCCGGAGCCCGAGUGUGCUGGCGCGGGGGCCGCCGCGCGCAAAGUUCCCACCUCAAGUUCCCGUCACGGCGUCCCCGCGGCGGAGUUGGCCCGGCCGCGGCCGCGGUCCCCCGGGCUCUGCCGGCGGGUCCCGGGCGAGGGCGCGAGCAGGGGCCCGGAGCCGCCCGCGGCCGCCUCUCGGAGCUGCGGGCAAACUUCGGCCCCCGGGCCGGCUCGGCUCCCGCACUCGGACCCAGGGCCGCCCCGCCUCCGCCUCCCGGUCCCCGCCGGGCUCCGAGUGCUCGGGGAGCGCCGCGCCGCAGCCGCCGAGGGAGGGAGCGGGGCGGGAGGCGGGCCGGAGGGAGGGGACUGCGCGCGGGGCGGGGAGAGUGGGCGCGCGGCGGAGAGCGCGGCGCCGGCCUCGCCCCGAAGCCCGGUUCCGCCCGCGGGGCCCCGCGCCUCGGGUGGGCAGCGCCCCGCCCGCCCCCUGCCGGAGCCCGGCCGGGACCGCGCGCUCGCCGCCGCCCCCCUCGCCGUUCCCCCCGCCCCCGCCGUCCCGCGCUCCUCGUGCUCCCUGCCCCCGCCGCCCCGGGGCCGUCCGCGCGCCCACCCUUCCCCCCGCCUGGGGUCGCGCGCCUCGUGACGUGCGCGCCCCCCCGCCCCCCACCUCGCGCCUCGGGCGCCCGGCUGGUCCUGGAACCCUCGCGCCGCUGUCCCAGGGUCUACAUGUGCCACGUCAAGUCCCCGCACGCCUCACGCGCUUCAACCUUUCGGGGCCCACGGGCCGCCUGGGACGGCACGCGUCUGGCGGCGUCAACUUCCGAGGGAUGGCCUCUGCCGCGCCGGCCGCCUUUCCCUCCGGGUCCGCGUGGCCCGGCCGCCGGCACCCCCGGCCGAAGCAGGGCUCUCACACCGGGUCCUGGGGUCCCGGGGUCCAGCGCCCGGGGCGCAGGCAGCCGGGCAGGAGCGACGCCUCGCUUCGGAAUUGCCUCUAUGGCCCCUCCCCUCCAUCAGAGAGCAAAGAAGAGCUGUGGAGGAAGCCGGGCCUGAGACCCUGUCCUCCCGCGUGGGGAGCAGGCCCCCGAGGCGAGCGCCCGCUCUUCCUGGGACUCGAUGAAGAGAAAUAG